CUCUGGAGAAGAGUCAACAUCUAAAUCUUUGUUGUCUUACUUUACAUUGCUCUCUCUCGCUUUCGUUGGGCGUGCAUGCCAGUGGACGAGUGGCGUUAACAAAAUGCUUUAUACAACUAUUGACGUGGCAUCUAGGGGCUAGCUGCUGCAGACAAAUGUGGUAAUUAUUCAGUGAUUUCGGGAUAGUUUCUACGAUACUUACUCGUACAAUUAUAUGUCAUAUCAUGGCAUUGCAUGUCAUGUUGUGAUUACAUAUAGAGAAAUAACUCUCCUGGCUGAUAUGCAAUCUAGACAUACUUCUCAAAUAACCCAUCAGAAGGUCCUGGAUUCGAAACGCCUGUGAACGAAGAUGAAGGACGCCACGCAAACCAAAAUCAUCAUCUUGCUCUCUUUCGUACUCAUAGCCAUAUCGGUCAUGAUCACCAUUGAAACACAACGCAAGGCGAACGCACUGGUCGAACUCAACACCGACCUCCAGGAACGCCUUGCAGCCGUAGCAAACGACCGCGAGCUCAUCGGCGACGAGCUUAAGAAACUCGCCGACCGCUUCAAGAUCAUCACCGAAGCCAAGAGCAAAAGUGACACGUUGGUGAAGCAGAAAGAAGAAGAGGUAGCAAAUAUAAGGAAAGAACACGAAGAAGAGAAGAAACUAAAAGAUCAGACUGUGAAAGAAAAAGAAGAAAAGAUUCAGGAAUUAACGACAAACAUAGAAAAGAAAGAGACCGAGAUGGAAAGUGUGAGAAGUGAAUUACAAACCGCGCACGAUGAAGCAAAUAAGGCAAAAGAAGACCAGCAAAACGCAGAAAACAGAGUGCAUGAACUAGAAGAGCAAAGUGCGAAUUUGCGGAGUCAAGUCGAGAAGUUAAACGCAGAUGUAGCGGCGGCACAGGCAAAUCAACAACCACAAGCCCAGCAACCUCAAGACCAGCAACCUCAAGCACAGCAACCUCAAGCCCAGCCACAACAGCAGCAGCAAGCCGGGAAGGAGGUUGCUCAACCACAGCAGCAGCAACAACAACAGCAACCACAAGCCCAACAAAAAUCUUAAACCCAUGGGGGCGGCGCCAGUGUAAAGAUGGAGCUUCUGAAAUUGACGUCCUUUUUUCUCCGCAUCAUUGGUAUUAUAAAAUUCCACGACCAGUGCUUCUAUUUCCAAUUUUCUUUCUAGACUUGUCUUUACUUUUUAUUUUAUUUUAUAGAUAUUUAUUAGUUACUUGAAAGACCGACGGGAUAUACUUUGAUUGGUGCUGCCCCCUCGACGUUCAAUCGACUGAUUACAUGGACAGUCAGUAUCUCUAAUCAUUAUCAUGUGUUAAAUUAUCUAAUUUAAUGUAUAUCAUUUAUAAACUAUCAGUAUGGACAAUAUAUUUUGUGUGCAUAUUUGCAUUUACAUGUAUCUUGAUAAAUCCGCUUAAAUAUUGCAAUAACUAUUGGCAUCGAUUUUACCUGCGACACAAAAACAUCCACUGCUUAGAAAUACAUUUGCAUAUCGAGCUCAUAAGCUGAUUAUAAUCAUUCUAUAGGAAAUAUGAAUUUCAAAAUAGGGUAGUAUACAUUUUUCGUUGACUGAUCCAAUUUAAAGGAGGUAGCCAACCUGACGUAAAGUUUGUAUUUAAAUGCCAAUAAAAGCAAAGAUUACAGGAUCUUUAUUCGCCCAACCUUCACUCAUAUUUUUCUAUCUUAUUUGUCUGUUUUAUGAACCAAAUAGUCGUCGGUAUGGACAUUUCUUUAUUUGUAAUUCAAGUAUGACUGAGUAUGAAGUUUUCUUUAAUUUAAUCGCAUUACUGUGUUUCGAGAAUUAACAGGAAAUAUGUCAUUUUCUUCAUGAAAUAUAGAGGUUUUCUGAGCAAGCAGUAAAAACCAAUGUGAUUUCGUCUAUGUGUUUCUUAUGUAUACACGAGGGUGCUUUCGUAAUAUUCUUUAAUAAUAUAUGGAGAUGUUGUAUCGAUUUGUAAGUAUAUUAUCUAAUGUGUCUUAUAUGGAUUUAAUACUGUAUGCUUCUAGAUGGUCUAUUGUUUUGAUAUUAUCUCAAAGAUUGUCUCGUAACCGUUGAAUCAUUGAUACAGACAUUUAUCGUGGAAAUGGAUAACAAAAGUCUAUCAGUCAAAAAAAUAUAGCAAAUUGGUUCAUGUA